AUGGCCAGUGUUCCAUCGAGUUCCCAGGCUGUGAGCCAGAGGCCCCAGCCUGGCCCUUCCGGGCACCAGCCAGACAUGAUGCUGGACGCACAGAGACCAGGACCACCAGCCCAGGCACACAGCAGCCCUCUGCCAGAGGGCUCCGGCCGGCGCAGGCAGCGGGAGACGUCAGCCGCUCUCCAGGAGUCGGAGGAGGCAGCCACAGGCGAGGAGGACGCCUGGGUCCUGGAGAUGCUGUGCGGCCUCAAGAUGAGGCUGAAGCGACGGCGGGUGUCCCCGGUGCUGCCCGAGCACCACGAGGCCUUCAAAAGGUUGCUUGGGGACCCUGUUGUGAAAAGAUUCCUGGCCUGGGACAAAAAUCUGAGGGUAUCUGACAAGUAUCUCCUGGCCAUGGUCAUAGCAUAUUUCAGCCGGGCUGGCCUCCCCUCCGGGCAGUACCAGCGAAUUCACUUCUUCAUAGCUCUCUACCUGGCCAACGACAUGGAGGAGGACAAAGGCCACAAACUGGCCAUCCUUUGGCUCCUCUAUGGGAACGACCGUUCCAAGAGUCGUCUGUUCCACCAACAGCGAGUCCAAUUCGCCCAAUCCAUGGGCUGGAAGGCCUGGGUCUCCCGGGAAGAGUGUGAGGAGAUCCAAGCGUUUGACCCAGAGCUCCCGGUGUGGAAGCGAGACCGCAGCCUGCUCGCUGUGUGA